CCGUACUGGCUCGAGCGCAGACCCCGCCGCGGGCCGCGGGCCAGCCGACCCCGGCCUGCCACGGCCCGCCACGCAUGGAGGGCGCCCAGUCCUCGGCGCGCCCCCCUCGGGGCCCAUGGCGGGCGAGCCCGCCGCCUCGCCCGCGGCGCUCGACGGGCGCCUGGAUCUGCAGGAGAUCUGCGCCGGGAGCUGAGCCAGAAGGAGGCGGAGUUGGCCGCCCUCCGCCUGCAGCUGCGCCAGAGGGCCCAACAGGACAGCGCCGGGGCGGGCGGCGGGCUGGAGGCCGAACGGCCGCUGGCCAUCGUGAUCCCGAUGGUCGGGCUCGGGAACGCCUUUGCGCAGGCCGGGUUUCGGUACCCCAAGCCGCUCGUCAACAUCGUCGGCCGGCCCGUUCUGUUAUGGCUGCUGGACCGCCUGAGGCCCUCGCCCAAGGACCUGGUGCUGCUGGCGGUCCCCGCCGUCAUGGAGAGGCAGCACGGCGUGUCGAAGAUAGUGUCGCGGGAGUACCCCUCGCUGUCGAUGCGGGUCGUGAUCCUGCCGUUCGAGACUCGCGGGUGGGUCGAGACCAUCCUGGCAGUCUCCAGGCAGCUGACCGCGAGGGAGUUGCGGAUGCCGCUCGUCACGCUGGACUGUGCCACCCUCUACCACGGGUGGAACCUCCUGGAAAAGGCGCGAGGGCUUCCCGAGGGUAUUGGCGCAUCGGUGUUCUUCGACACCGAAAACAGCGCCGCGAAGCUGAUGAGCAUGGGCGCAGUGGCAUCGCAGUUCUCCUACCUGAAGCUGGGCGAGGGGGACACGAUCACGGACAUCCGCGAGAAGAGCGUGAUCUCGUCCUACGCAAACACCGGCGCCUACAUCUUCAAGAGCGCCAAGGCGUUCAGGGCCGCCGCCGAGGAGAUCCUGAACGCUCCGGAGGAGGCCGCGCAGACCGGGCUGUACGCAUCCGUGCUGAUUGCCUCCAUGCUCGCGAAGGGUGAGAGCUUCGUCGGGCUGCGGGUGGAGUCGUCGCUGUUCGCGAUCGUGGCCACGCCCAGGCAGCUGGAGGCCUUCAUCUGGCGGGUCUCGAGCGGGGAGGUGGCCACGCACCGCAAGAUGCGCUUCUGCUUCGACCUCGAGGCCACGCGUGCCCCACAGCAAACCUGUCCGGGAGGGUGA